AUGCAAAGAAAGGUUCUCUUGUCGAUCGCUUUGGCCGCUUUCACCGCCGCCGCCUCCUCGGACGCCGUUUCGUCGGACUCGGCCGCCCCCGCUGAAACUUCUGCCCCCGCUGAAGCUUCGCCUUCGGCUGAGGCCUCCCCUUCGGCUGAAGCCUCUCCUUCGGCUGAGGCCUCCCCUUCGGCUGAAGCCUCUCCUUCGGCUGAAGCCUCUCCUUCUGCUGAGGCCUCUCCUUCGGCUUCUGCCGAAGCCUCGCCCUCGGCUGAAGCUUCUCCCUCGGCUGAAGCUUCUCCUUCGGCCUCUGCUGAAGCCUCCCCUUCGGCUGAAGCUUCGCCCUCGGCCGAAGCCUCUCCCCUGGCCUCCGCUGAAGCCUCGCCUUCUGCUGAAUCUUCUCCUUCCGCCGAAGCUUCGCCCUCGGCUGAAGAAUCGGGCUCUGUUGCUCCCGAAUCGGCCUCGGAAUCGUCGUCGGAAUCGGCCUCGGCUGAAGUUUCGCCCUCGGCUAGUGUAUCGGCCUCUGCCUCCUCCGAAGAAUCGGCUUCGUCUGAAGGCUCCACCUCGACCGGCGACUUGAUCACGUACAUCUCCUCGGACUCGGCCUCGGCUGAAAGCACCUCGUACACCAACGAUCUCUCCUACCUCAACUCGUCGGAACAAUCCUUCUUUGAAGGCCACAAGAACGCGACUCAAACCAUCAUCAAGGACAAGACCGUCACCGACAUUGUGUUCUACUGCCCCGAAACCACCACCGUCACCAUCACCAAGUGUGACAAGGUGUGCCACCCCACCGAAACCGUGUGUGAACCCGGUACCAUCACCGUCUACGGUCCUUGUGUUGUCCCCACCGACUACCAGGAACAACACGUUGGCGAAGAAACCGUCACCGUCGGUCCCCCCGGCCCCAAGCCCACUGAAGGUGCCCAAGAACAAGGUCCCCAAAAGACUGAAGAAGGCCAACAACACGGUCCUCAACAAACCGAAGCCGGCCAACAACAAGGUCCCCAAAAGACCGAAGCUGGUGAACAAAAGCCUACCGAAGCUCCUCAACAAGGCCAAGGUGAACAACAACCCAAACCCAACCAAUCGUUGGAAGGUGAAUCGAGAGCUCCUCCUCAAGUUACUGAAGGUAACGGGGCCGUCAAGGGCUCGAUCUACGGUGGUGCCGCCAUUGCCGCCAUCGUCGGUAUGUUGUUGUAA